CCUUUCAGCCUUUCACCUAUGCCACUUCAACUGCUCGACCUCCCCGGCGAGAUCCUUCUCAUAUGCCUCUCGUACCUGGAUCUCGCGGAUAUCGUCAUGUGUUUGCGGCUGCCCAACUUGGCGCUAACCAGGCUAAUCCUCGAGGCACCGGCGAUCCAGUUUCGCAUCGAGCAGAAGGCGUGCGCUGUGGAGGAGACUGUGUAUGGCGAGGCGAGGCCUCUCUUCGAGCGGAGGAAGGCGCUGAAGGAGCGCGAGAAGCGCUGGCGGGUGUUUGCACCGUGCCACCGUCAGGUGGUGAAGACGCGGCGGCGCGAGUGGUUACGGUACGAUGUGGGCGAGGACUGUUAUGCGCUGGCCUAUGGAUGCGACCAAGACCCGAUGCUAGGCGAUGACGUGAAGUAUAUGUUUCUCGACGUUAACGACAAAGAGCCGGUGUGGCUGCAGGCGGCACAAGUCACGGAGCCGGUGAUAGAUAUAUGCGUGGUAUCAGAGUGGGAUCUCUUGGUGGUGGUUACCUUCUCAGUGGAGACUGCCGGAAUGCGCGCAAUUGCCGCACAUCUGCGACAACUGUCGACUGGGGCAGUGCGAGAGGGAAUGGCGAAAACCAUUGACUUGGCUCAAGUGCCCCAACGUUAUGGCUUCCCGGACCUCCAGGUGGAGGUGGCGGGGUCUACGCUGGCCAUCGCCUGUUGCUUCGGGGGAGGCGAGAACGAUCAGGAUAUGCUGCACCUGAUUCACUGGCCGUCCGGCCGCGCAUUGGCGGACACGAUCCCGUGCUCGCUGACGGGAUUUUUGUUCGUCCACGACGCGCUCCUCCUCAUUCCGAACUCGCACACGCACUGUCUCGACGUGCUCGCCCUCAACGCCGGUCCAGAUGGCAAUGCUUGCGGCUGGAUGCUCCCCUUCCGCCUCCCAGCACUGCGCGCCGGCCACCGUAUCUUCUGGCACACUUUCGAGUGCCGUGGCCAGCCUAACCCACGCACCCACCUCGUUGACCUCCGCCCCACACCCGCCCAGACCCGCACCCCGUUCCGGCCCGAGCCGGAGCAGUCACGCAUCUUCCUCAUGUUCGACACCCUCACGGCUCCGACGGAUAGCGCCGAUGCAUAUGACACCGAGCUGAGGCAGACCGUCGUCGUCAUCGACCGCGCGCGGCUUCAGGAGUGCUUCCAGGAGGCAUAUCGGCAUCUGGAGCAAGGCGCGCCGCUUGUGGAGGUGCCUUUCGCGGACUGGGGUCUGCGCGCAUCCACGUGGCUGGACGCGGGGCCCCGCGGGCUGGGGCUCUCGGGCUAUGCGGUCACGGGGUGCGUCGGCACGCGGUUUGCGGCGCUCGGCGCGGGGGCGGAUCCGGCGGGCCCGAAGCACGUGCGGAUCCUGGAUUUCAACGAGACGGGCGUGGCACGCCUCAGCAAGCAGCUCGAGGCCGCGCGGUCGGACGUUCUCGAGGCCACCCACGCGACGAUUCGUGUGCAGCCGCCCGGCGCUGGCGUGGCCCAGGAACACAGUGUUUUCGCGGAGCCUCUUGGGGCAGCGCUCGGCUAUGUGGAUAUCACAUCGCGGGAGGCGGUCGACUGGAAGGGCGUGCAUCUGAGCAAUGCGUGUAUCUUGGGGGAGAAGGAUUCGGAUGUAGAUGAAGAGAAUGAGCUGCAUGUGCUGCACUUUGGUUGA